ACCAGCUGAUCGUAGCUCGCUCGACGCUCGUCGGGCAACGCGUAACGCCCGACGCCCGCGUGCUUCGAGGUUCCAAGCUUUAUUCCGUAUCGACGGACGCGACGGUGAAGCACGGAAAGUGAAGUUUAGUGACGCGUCGCCGGCUGCCGUCGAUAUUCCUCGUUUUUUGGAAGCUUCAUAAAGCUCUAGAAUACAGUUCCUCAUGCAUCAGUAUCAAUGUUAAACCAGUAACCAAAUCCAUAACCCAACAUGGAUCCUAUUGGUGCCAGUUGCUUCAGUCUUCAUAUUGAAGAGAAUAAUAGGGCUAUAAUAGAAGAAAGAAAACAAGACAGAAAAUUUAGUGAGAUUAUCGUAAGCUGUAGGUCGUUAAGUCACUAUGAAGGAAGAACAUUUAAGACCUUGUUACCACAGAUUUUGGCAGCCUUUAUUGCAGCAGGGUAUCACAUCGUAGUAGGUAUAUCUUUAGCAUACUCAGCCAUUUUGAUACCAGCCUUAGAUAGGAAUGUUACCAACGGAACAGAUGAUGGAGAAAUCACAGCCACAAAAACAGAAUGCUCAUGGAUAGCCAGUGUAUUGGUGAUAAUAAUCCCGUUGGGUGCAUUAUCUGGAGGAGUGAUCAUGGACCAAGUUGGUCGGCUAAACACUCUAAAAUUGGCAGCUAUACCAAGCGUUCUGGGAUGGUCACUAAUCGCAGCUGCCACAAACGUUCCUAUGAUUAUUUUCGGAAGACUCAUUGUUGGUUUUGCCUCAGCUUGGGGGACCAGUCCUGCAAUAGUCUACAUAACCGAAAUAGGUAGAGCAGAUAUGAGAGGAUCUCUGAUUUCAUCCGCACCCACAUUUGCGUCUUUAGGGAUGGUGAUUUGCUUCUUGAAAGGCUGGUUUCUUCAUUGGCGCACAGUAGCAUGGAUGUCCAUAGCUUACUGUACCAUUCCAUUGAUGCUCACGUUUUUCAUCCCGGAGAGUCCCGCUUGGCUGGUGUCUAAAGGAAGGAUCGAGGAAGCAGCUAAGUCACUCAGAUGGAUACACAAGUACCAACCACAGCCAGAAAAUAGAAAUGAAACAAUGGCUGAGCUGCAGUUGAAGUUCCUCCAAAAAGAGCACCAAGCCAAGUUGGAGAAACAAGCCAAAGAAGGUGGCUCGGGAGGUUUAGCGAAGAUGAAGCAGUUUAUGAAACCUACUGGAUACAAACCACUACUUAUCUUGUUUGGGCUAUUCUUUUUCCAGCAGUUUUCCGGAAUAUACAUUACGUUGUUCUACUCUGUCACAUUCUUUAAGGAAGUAGGCAGCACGCUAAACCCAUAUUUGGCAUCAACGUUCAUCGCAGCAGUUCGAAUGGCGAUGUCGUGCAUCAAUUCUUAUAUGUUACGUACCUUCCAUAGAAGGCCUUUGGUCAUUGUCAGUGGAAUUGGUAUGGCCAUAUGUAUGGGAUUUUCUGGGUUGUUCACUUACUGGAUUAAGCAAGGUACUUCAGACGCAAACUGGGUGCCAGUAAUGAUGAUCCUACUAUACGUCGUAACAUCUAUGGUGGGUUUGCUGCCAAUACCCUGGACAAUGACGGCGGAGCUCUUCCCCAUUGAGAUAAGAGGGAUAGCACACAGCAUUGCCUACAGUAUAGCUAAUCUGCUUAUGUUUGCUGCGGUGCAAAGCUAUUGGACCCUUGACUACUGGUUCAGUGGGGCAGCUGGCAUUCAAUGGUUCUUCACCGUAGUAUCUCUCAUGGCCAGUUUCUACGCAUUCAUAUUCUUACCGGAAACCCACGGAAAAAAGUUGUCAGACAUCACCACCUACUUCGUGAAGAACACUAUCUAUCUAGUGGCAGCCAAGAAAGCGAAACUGACGGCAAAUCAACAGGCACAGAAGAAGCAGACUAUCACUAGAGUCGGCAAGAAGGAUAUCGUCAAAUCACAGAAUGGACAAAAGGACAAACUUAUGGAUAAUGCUGUUAAUAGUUAGGUCUUUGCACAGAAGGACUUCUUAUUUUGUGGAGAUCUGAUCAAAAAGAAAAACACAGCAGCCGUAUGUGUGGUAUGUGGAGCAGUGCAUAAAAUAAUAUCUUUGUUUAAGGUGAAUUGCUAUCAAAUCUCGUAUACAAUACGCUAAUCAGGUUUUCUCACGAUAUGAUCCCCUAUUGGACCAUUCCACGGCAACAUUUCAUCGGAAGGUGAUUGUCACAUUAACGACAUUUUAAGAAAAUUUGAUUCUUUGAGCUUUUAUUCGUGUUACCGCUACUUUUUCCUGCCUGCUAGUUUGAGUUAUCAAUCAAGUCUCUACUUCAGCUCCAAAAACCAACUGGUAAAAUUGUUAUUAUAUUGCUGAAGUUAAUCUGCCAGGAGAGAUGUUUACGCAUUAAUGCAACCUCAAUAAGUACCAAAUGGGACCUCUCUGAAUUUCCUGUAGCAGUGUGGGCAUAGCAGUAUGUAUAAAUGUACCAAGAUCGAAUUCUAGGAUGACUUUAGAAUAAGGCUAGCCAUGGUAUCGCAGAAAGUUGGAAUAAGAUAAAUAAUGCAAACGUCUUAUUCUAUCAAGCUCAUUAUGUGACAAAUCAUUUGGUGUAAGUUCCGCAUACAGACAGAAAAUAGAAGUACCCAGAUGGAAAUAGAAGUACCCAGAUACAAAAAGAUGCAGCCAUAUGCAAUUCGCAAUAUGAACCCAACUCAAUCAGUGUUUUCUGUUUGAUUAGAUCUCAGAGAGAAUUUGAGAAAAUGAUUGCAAAAAGAAGAAGCGGUAUUGUAUGAACUAACUUGACAAUUUAACAAUGUAAAUAAGCAAAAUCUAAAACAAUAUUUCAUCUCAAGUUGUCUGAGGAGAAGUAUAUUGCUUGUAUAUGUCUCGAUGUGUUAAUUGUAAGCUACAGUGUUUGUCUAAAAGUUUAAAUAGUUACCGGAUGAAGGAAGUAUGAUCCCUGUUACUGAACUAUUCGUCAAUUAUUCUUACUGGUAUCAAAUUUGUUGAAAAAAGCUAAAUUAUAAGAAAAAACUUUGUUUAUUUUUAUUAUUUACUUUACGCCUGUUAUACAAUUAUUACGAAAAUGAUUCGUUUUUACUUUUUACAGCAGUAUUUUUAUACAUUAUAAGUUAUUUGUGAUAUUAAACAAAAUAUUUUGUAGAUUUUGUCUACAUAUAAUGAAUUUAGUUUAGUAUAUUCCACCAUAAAAUGAUUUUUAUGAUAUUUCUGUUAUACCAAUGCUACAAAAUAAUGACAUUGAAGGAUUAAUAUUUGUUUAGCUCCAGAAAUCGCGUAGUUACUUGCCAGUUUUUUGCAAUGGUGUUAAAUUAUCAAUAACUCAAGUCUUCCUCUGUACGCAAACGAUCCCAACAAGCAGGUGUUCCACUCUGUACAGUAUACCUCAAAGGGUUUAAUUUUUUCCUCAAACAAAGGUAGUGGGAGUAGCGUAUUAGAGUUUGAACAAGUCCAAAUAAGCACAGGUAUACUUAACUGUAUGUUCAUAGGAGUAUCAAAUAUACUGGUCUCUGAUAUGUCAGCAUCUUUUAAGAGAUGUUUUUGAGAAGAUAUGAGAAACUGACGAGUGCAGAUAUUGCUUAUACUUUGUUUUAAUUAGAAUUAGUUAUAGGUUCUGUAGCUUAAGACAAGCAACUUGUGCCUUUUAGCUUAAAGUCUGGAAAGAUGCCAGUAUGUUUUAUCAUUCCUUGCAACGAUAUCAAACCCAAGAUUAAUUCAAUUUUUAUUCUUAUGUGUUUUAUUAUUGAAAUAAGGUGAAUGUGGUGCAACAGAAUUCCAUUGAGGUGAAAAACAAGUGUUACACUUUUUUGAUAGGACCUCUCAAGAAAUGUAUAUAGUUUACUACAGGUGUAACGUCAAAAAUAUAAUUAAUAAAGAGCAUCAACUUAUAAAUAACAUGUGUUAUAAUUAAGUUAAGCACAAAAAUCGUAUUUUUUUAGCCAACUGAAAGAUGCAGCAUCUAUUUCAACAAAGUGUAAGUUUUGUUUUAUAAAUUUGAAAGUGUGAUUUUUUACUUGUCAUUUAAUAUCGAUGAAUAUCGUGAAUAAAUAUUAAUACUAAAA